AUGUGGCUGGAGCGCGAGGCAAACGUUAUUGGUGUGGGGGCUGUUUUGCCUGACCACAAUGGGUGGGUUCAAGCGGCUUUAUCUGAGAGGAUAGCUGGUUCUUUUGGUCCUCAGAUUGCUGAAUCUCUUGCCAUCUUGAAGGGUCUUCAAUUGUCCGUAUCCUCUGGCUUUCUUAAUAUCAUUGUUGAAUCGGAUGCUAAGAAUGACAUCAAAGCUCUUGCCCAGUCUUGUGAGUCAGUAUCCUUCCGGUUUGCUCGUCGUACCUGCAAUAGUGUGGCACAUAAUCUUGCUAAAAAGUCUGCUAGCUUUCAUUGUCCGAUGUAUUGA